UGUACGUUAUACCUGAAGCCCAAGCAAACGUUGAUAAAAUCAUCGACGCACCAUUUCACCGUGUUCGGCGAAGCACCGAAACAAUAAAGUUAAUAUCCUAAUAUUUAUAAAAUAAUUAAAAAAAACUUUAAUAUUUUUUCUGUGGGUUUUUUUUUUUCACCCUCAAUCUUCUCCGUUGUGUUUGUUACUUCCAUUCCAUGGCUAAACCGAAAGCUCCAAGGCGAACCCUAGAGUCAUACACAGUCAAACACAUAAACAAAACCAUUAGAGCGGGCGAUUGCGUGCUCAUGCGACCCUCUGAUCCGGGGAAACCGUCGUAUGUGGCUAGGAUCGAGCGGAUCGAAGCUGACUCCCGAGGCGGCAACGUGAAGGUUAACGUCCGUUGGUACUACCGGCCGGAGGAGUCAAUCGGAGGCCGCCGCCAGUUCCACGGCUCUAAGGAGGUUUUCCUCUCCGAUCACUUCGAUCUUCAGGGCGCCGACACCAUCGAAGGCAAGUGUACGGUCCAUAGUUUCAAGAGCUACACCAAGCUCGAUGCAGUUGGGAAUGACGAUUUCUUCUGUCGCUUCGAGUACAAUUCCUCCACCGGCGCCUUCAAUCCUGAUAGAGUUGCUGUGUAUUGUAAAUGCGAGAUGCCCUACAACCCUGAUGACUUAAUGGUCCAGUGUGACGGCGAAGACUGCAAGGAUUGGUUUCAUCCUACUUGUAUAGACAUGACUGUGGAGGAAGCCAAAAGACUUGACCAGUUCUUUUGUGAAAGUUGUUCUCAAAAGAAGUUGCAAAAUUCCCAUUCUGCUUCGAGACUCUCAGAUACAAAGGUUGAUACUAAACGCCGUCGAAGGCAAUAGUGUGAUAGUAUAUAAGGCAUAAAGUGAGGUAGAUCUAUAAUGGAGGGAUUGGAGACCUUGAUUUUCUAAUGCUGGGUAUGGGCCAAACAAACACUGAGACAAUGUCAUCUAUGGUAAAACUGUAGUCUUUCUACCCUCAUGGAAAGUGACUAGUUUUGAAAUGUUUGUGAUGCCUAUUUGGUUGGAGGAUUCAUCCUGUUUCCUGGUCUGUAAUUAUGUAAUGUAGAUUCCGUAUCUCUUCUCUUCCGGUCCUUGUUCUUACUCGGACUUUUGUAAAGUUUCUUGACUUAUUUAUGAACAAUAGAGACUUUAUUCUUUCUCUGUACGGAUAA